UCCCCCAAUUGCUUCAGAACUCUAAUAAAAUAAAAGAGUAGUUUCCACUGAACCAUCCUCAGAUUUUCACAAGAGCAAGUCAUGAACUUGUGAAAGAUGAAUAUUUCGUUUCGUCCUUGAAUGAUUGAUCAAUUACUAUAUUUCAGUGUUGAGAUGGGUUGGUGGUGGAGGAAGAAGAAGUCAAUAGAGGCCGCUAAAAAGCAGACGUUGGUCCAUGAGAACGGCAAGGUGUUGUUAGAAAAGCUCAUUGAAUAUUGCAACGGAAAAUCCAAUCCAAUCAAAAUCUUUUCUGCCUCUCAGAUCCUUGAUGCAACCGACAACUUCAGCCACAGUAAAGUUCGUACCCCGCUUAAUCGCUACAAUCGCUACAAAUGUUACAGAGGUAUGCUGGAAGACCGCCUCGUGCUUGUCAAGUUAUGGGUAGAAGAGGAUUGUCACGGCAGUGGAAAGGCUUGCUGUGACAUAGCAAUAUCAUCAAUGGUUAGUGGUCACAAGAAUUUCCUCAAGCUGUUAGGAUGCUGUCUUGAGUUUCCUUAUCCAGUUCUAGUCUAUGAAUAUGCAGAGAGUAUAAUAUGCAGACCACAAAAUGGAUCAAAAUAUUUAUUUGAUGUGAGUUUACCAUGGGAUGUGAGAAUGAAGAUUGCGAAGGAGGUCGCAGACGCUUUAACAUACCUUCACACUGCAUUCUCAAAGAGUAUCAUCCACAAAGAUAUAAUACCGUGUAAGAUCUUCUUGGAUGAGAAAGGGACAGCUAAGCUUACUGAGUUCGACAACUCUGUUUUGAUUCCAGAAGGAGAAAAGUUUGUUGAAGAUGUUAUAGAGGGAACAUUUGGGUACCUUGAUCACAUCUAUAUGAAUACUGGGAGAGUAACAGAGAAUACUGAUGUCUAUGGCUUUGGAGCAUUCAUGCUUACUCUUUUGACCGCAAUGAACCCGAGUCUUGUUGACAAACUAUAAAAGGAUUGUCCUAUCAAGUUAAUUGAAGACGACAGGUUUGUUGAGAUUAUUGAUCCAGAGGUGUUGGAAAGCUGCAAGGAACAAGAGCUAUUGCAAAUAAAAGCUAUCCUCAUAUUUUCACUGAGAUGCAUUGGCUGUGUAGGAGAAGUUCCAAAAAUGAUUGAAGUUGGCAAAGAACUUAAGAGGAUGCUUGUUCAAGCCAAAACCAAAUUGCAUUAAGCAGAAGAAAUGCUGAAAGGAGGCUUUGCAUGGCAUUACAUACAUCAUGAUAAGCAUGAGGCAAGAGACAAAAAAAAAAAAGGUUUGUGGGCUUCACAACAUCCAUAGGAACCAUGGGACUGGAGACAAAAGAAUAGGCGUGUGUAGAAAGUUUUUCUGGAAAGAUCUUAUUCUGUAGAUCAACUAGAGGGUCUUUUGAAAUCUUUCCCUUAGGACAAAGCUUGUGAAUGCAAAUGUGUGUAACCAAGAAACAAAGGGGUGAAUGAUAUAAAUAUAUCAAACAAACCUCUUCUCCAAUGGAUCUUUCCAUAAGCAUGUAUUUUGGGAGCCUAUUGUUAUUGGAGAGGUGAUUUUUAAAUCCAUAUGGAAUUGUAAAUUCUAAAAAUCAAAA